AUGCAGAGCGUAACUCGCAAUUAAAAAGAGCGCCUCGAGUGGGCACUGGAAGUGGAAGCUCGCUGAAAGCGCGCCUUAUUUCGCCUUUCUUCCCUCUGUACCAGCAUGAAACUGUGCGACUUUCCCGGAGAGGUGUUUUAUUUUAAACUUUGAGAAGCUUGUACAUAUUGCUUAAAACCCGUAGUGAGUGGCACACAUGGCUUCGCGGGCGGUCUGGCUCCUGUUUGCGCUGUCCGGUGUCCUGAAUGCGCGCUCCUGCUGCGCUUAUACCUGUCCGGCCAUCUGCCAGUGCACCGCCGACUCGUUUCAGUGCAGCAGAGACACUCAGCUGGCCUCCCGGACAGGACCAACAUCCGUGCUUCGACUAAGGCUCACUCAUCUGCCCUUGAAAAGAGUUCCCACUCAUGCCUUCAAGGAGCUGAUCAACAUAACAAUAAUUGAGAUCUCCCAGAGCGACUGCAUCACACAUAUACAGACACAUGCCUUCCUCUCCCUCCACAGCCUGGCACAAAUCUCAGUGCAGAACAUCAACAGUCUGAGGUUUAUUGAAAAAGGCGCCUUCACUGACCUGCCCAAGCUGGAAUAUUUGAGCAUCUCUAACACUGGCAUUGCACACUUCCCAGACUUCACAACUAUCUCUUCCCUGUCGUCAAAUAUUAUCCUAGAGAUGGCAGACAACAUGGAAAUCGACAUCAUUCCUGCCAAUUCCUUCCAGGGUAUCACAGAGGAGUAUGUUGACAUGAACCUGGUUAGAAACGGCUUCAAGGAAAUCAAAUCACAUGCAUUCAAUGGAACCAAGCUCAACACGCUAAUUUUGAGAGACAACUGCUAUCUCAGUAACAUUCAAGAAGAUGCUUUUGAAGGAGCCACAGGUCCAGCUGUUCUGGAUGUUUCCUCUACGGCUCUGAGUUCCCUCCCCACUAAUGGAUUGAGGCAGGUUAGAUUUCUGAAAGCCAGCCGUGCCUAUGCUCUGAAGAGCCUCCCCCCACUGGAAAGCUUGGCUGAACUGCUGGAAGCUGAGCUCACCUACCCGAGCCACUGCUGUGCCUUCCACACAUGGCGGCGGAAACAAAGGGAAAGUGCCUUAAAGAACUUGACAAAGUUUUGUGAUCUCAUAAACACAGAAAUAGAUCCGACAGCAGAUGACAUGAGCCUUAUCAAUGAUAUCAACUUUCAGUAUCCAGACCUGGAAUUUGACUGUCUCAACAACCCUUUUGUCAAAUGCACUCCAGAGCCAGAUGCUUUUAACCCUUGUGAGGACCUGCUGGGCUUUUCCUUCCUGCGCUGUCUCACCUGGAUAAUUAUGGUUUUCGCUGUGGCUGGUAACCUGGCUGUUUUGGUCAUCCUGCUAAUUAGCCACCAUAAGCUCACGGUCUCCAGAUUCCUCAUGUGUAACCUGGCCUUUGCUGACCUGUGCAUGGGGCUUUAUCUCAUCCUAAUUGCCUUCAUGGACUACCACUCCCGUCACGAGUACUACAAUCAUGCCACAGACUGGCAGACUGGUCCUGGAUGUGGCAUAGCAGGGUUUCUGACUGUGUUUGCCAGUGAGCUAUCGGUAUACACACUGACUGUGAUUAGCCUUGAACGCUGGCAUACCAUUACCAAUGCCAUGCAUGUCAACAAGAGGCUGCGGCUGCAUCAUGUCACAGCCAUGAUGGUAGGAGGCUGGGCCUUCUCUCUGCUGGUUGCCCUGCUCCCUCUUGUGGGGGUCAGUAGUUACAGCAAAGUGAGCAUCUGUCUGCCCAUGGAUAUCGACACACUCAGCUCUCAGGUUUAUGUGGUGGCUGUGCUCGUUCUCAAUGUUGUUGCUUUCCUGGUGGUUUGUUACUGUUACAUAUGCAUAUAUCUCAGUGUUCACAACCCAGAGCACUCCACCCGGCAUGGAGACACCAAGAUUGCCAAACGCAUGGCUGUGCUCAUUUUCACAGACUUCCUCUGCAUGGCGCCGAUCUCUUUUUUCGCCAUCUCCGCAGCCCUGCGUAUGCCCCUUAUAACUGUGUCUCACUCGAAAAUCCUGCUCAUCCUUUUCUAUCCUAUCAACUCCCUCUGCAAUCCUUUCUUGUACACCAUCUUCACACGAGCGUUCAGGAAGGACGUAUGCCUGUUGCUGAGUCGCUGUGGCUGCUGCCAUACCCACGCUGACUUCUACAGGUCACAGACUCUGGGAUCACACCUGACCUGCACCCAGAAAAUGUCCAAACGAGAACCUCACUCAUUUGGCUUUUAUGCCUAUCACAUUAAGAUGAAGGGUUGCCUUCUAAAUAAGGGAACCACAUGACCAACCACAUGCAGGGCUGCAUAAUGAACUGAAAGGCAACAUCUGCUGCCUUGCUAAAAAUGUAGCAUUUCUUCAUAAUGUCUCAAUGAAAAGAUUGUCAGUUGUGCACAUGGCAAGCAUCAGAUCAGAUUUGAUCAUGUUAAAUUUGCAAACAGAAUUGCAUCAGACAGAUAUAACAGGUGGUGCAGCAACUAUUUCUACAUAUGCAUUGUGGUAUAUUAAAGCAGGCAGAUGGAGCAAAGAUGACAAAAUAAGCUAAUUUAUUUGCAAAGCUACUCUCUACAGCUCAUAUUUUUAAAAAAAAAAAUAGAAAUUAUUUAUAGUUUUGUCUUUACAAGAUUGUAUUAUAAAAAUUCGAAACCUCAAAGUAAAUGUAAUUAAAUGGAAGACUGAUUUAGCUCAGCAAUGAGUUUUGGUGCCACCUUUUGGUUUGUUGUACUCAGGACAGAUUUGGACUGGAAAGUUUAAAGACUACAGACAUGCAGGAUCAUCUCAGUUAAAUCUGGAGCACAGAUCAAAUGAAUGGCAUUGAUGUUCAAAAUGUAAAAGACUUUUACAUUUUAAUGUUAAUGUGUGCUUCUCUUCCCGCCCCCCCC